AUUUUUCUGUUUUUGAAUCCUUUCUCUUUUUUCAUAUAAAAAAGAGAAGCAUCUUUACGGUUUAGAAUAGACACAAACUAAUAUAACUGCAGCAUCCGGGUCUCUGGCCACAACUCAAUCAAGAAACCAGCUAUUUUUAUUUAUAACAGCCCCUUUCUGUCAUGGAUAAAGAAAAAACUUACGCCGGUAGCAAUCGGUCCAUUGAUAUACGUUCCGACUCUUCCACAAUGUCACCCAAAGUCGGAUUACACAGAGGAUUAAAAGCAAGGCAUAUUCAAAUGAUUGCCUUAGGUGGAACCAUUGGUACCGGUUUAUUCAUGGCAUCCGGUAAAGCCAUUUCAAAUGGUGGUCCCGGUGGUGCUUUGGUUGCCUACGCUAUUGUAGGUCUCUUGGUCUUUUGCGUCAUGAUGAGCUUGGGUGAAAUGGCUGCCUAUGUUCCCGUAUCUGGUAGCUUUUCUCACUACGCUAAACGUUUUGUUGAUCCCUCAUUGGGAUUCAUGCUCGGUUGGAUCUAUUGGGUCAAUUGGUCCGUCGGUGUCGCUGUCGAACUAACUGGUGUUGCCAUGAUCAUGGAAUACUGGGUCAAAUCAAUCCCAUCUGUGGUCUGGAGUAUUAUCUGUCUUGUCAUCCUUGUCUGUAUCAACGUCUUCUCUGUCAAAGGAUAUGGUGAAGUCGAAUAUUGGGUUUCACUCGUCAAGGUCUUGACUGUCAUUGCGUUUAUCAUUGUUGGUAUCUGCGUAAAUACAGGUGCAGCGGGUGGUAAUCACAUCGGCGUUUCCAACUUUCAUCUUGAUGGUGGUGCAUUCCCCUUUGGGUUUCUCGGUGUCUUUAACGUCUUUAUUACUGCUGCCUUUUCCUUUAAUGGUGUAGAAAUCGUUGGUAUCACAGCAGGUGAAUCUGAAAAUCCACACAAGACUGUACCCUCAGCCGUCAAGCAAGUUUUUGCUCGUAUCGUUCUCUUUUACAUCUUAUCCAUUCUCAUCAUUGGCCUCAACAUACCUUAUACAGAUCCCAAUCUACUAAAGGGAUCUGGCAACGUUGCUGUUUCUCCAUUUACCCUUGUCUUCAAGAUGGCUGGUGCCGCUUGGGCAGCAGAUCUUAUGAAUGCCAUCAUCUUACUUACCAUGAUCUCCGCUGGUAACUCUGGUGUUUACUCUUCUAGCCGUACCUUACUUGCUUUGGCUGAAGAUGGAUCUGCUCCUCGCAUCUUUGCUCGUGUCAACCGAUGGGGCAUUCCCAUCUGGUCUGUUUUGGCUACAUGUACUGUCGGCUGCCUUGCUUUCUUGACUAGCUUGUUCAAAUCAGGCACUGUCUUCAACUGGUUGACUGCUCUACCCUCGGUUGCUGGUCUUAUCGUCUGGGUAUCUAUUUCUAUUACCCACAUCCGUUUCCGUAUGGGCCUAAAAGCACAGAACAUCUCAACCUCUUCUCUUCCUUAUGCGGCUCCCUUUUUUCCCAUCAGUGACAUUUUUGUCAUUGUGAUUGGUUGCAUCGUUAUUGCCGGACAAGGAUAUCAAACUUUCCUUCCUCCUAUUGAUCCCAAAAACUGUGUCUCUGCUUAUCUUAGUGUCAUGUUUUGUGUUGUUCUCUAUUUUGGCCACAAGUUGGUCAAACGUCCUAGCUUUGUCAAGGCCACUGAAAUGGAUUUUGUGACAGGUACAUUAAAGUAUGACCCAAUGUCAAUCAAGGAAGGAGAGUCACUGGAUGAUGAUAUACCUUUAUGGAAGAGGAUAUUGAAGAAGCUAGUAAACAUCAUUGCUUAGACAAAUUGUAUAUAUAAUGUUUCAACAACGUUUUUAUGUACAUACACA